AUGCCGCCUCCUAACCCAUACGGCACGCCACUCUCCCCGACGACCGCGGCACCUGACCCUCCGCGCCGAUCGUCGAUUCCCACACCUGCCCCUGUGGAGACCGAUAAUGCUCACGAUGACAACGUGAACUUCCUGCGAUCGCGACCAGCUCUCUUCAAUCCGCUAUUACCCUCCCUGAGCCGACAACGUCGCCGUCGUUAUCCGACUAAUCCGCCACCACAAAACGAAGACCGCAUGGAGGUGGAUGAUCCCACGAACCUGCGCGCGUCUGUUGAACUCAACCGUCGCAUCCCUAUUGUCCGCCACCAGGAGAGAUCAACCGACAUGCCGAACUACGAGGGCCGAAUGCCCAACUCACGGUCGUUGUAUGGAUGGGCACCCGGCUCUGAUGACGAGGAUGGUGCUGCGCGCGAAGAGUCGGAAGACGAUCAGAUGCAGCCUUUCCUCAGUGCUAUCUCAAGUCGUGACCCACCCCCCGCACGACCUCCGCGCAAUGAGGCCCUGGGCCCUGCGCAACUGAUGCCGCAUGAUUCUGCGACGUUACCGCGUAGUAACCAGGCUCGGACAUCGAUCUCUGCAGUGGCGGCUUUGUUACAAUCUGCAAGGCGUCAGCCCCGGCUUUCGAGGAGUCGCACACUGGAGAACUACAUCAUCGAUCGCUAUUCAGAUAUCACUCCAGAGGAGGACGCUGAAAAUACAGCAGCGGUCGCAUCUCGGGGAUACCGCUACCGUCCUACGACGCGCGGUGACCCACACAAUACCAACCUCACCCACAACGACCUACGCGCUCGGGCUGCCGCUCAUCGCCAGCUACACUCGGACACAAGUAUGCGCAACGUGUUAGGGGAGACCAUCCACUAUCUCGAGCGCAUUCGGCAUUCAAACUCUCUCGAAGAUAGUAUGCGUGUCUUGGUGGACAGUCGGAUACCCUUCUCGAUGGAUAGCAAAUCUUGGAGAAACGCGAACUUCAUUAUGUACACUCGCAACAUCGCACCACCCGCGGAGUGUUCAUGGCUUCGAUCUGGAAUGGCCUUUUCAGGCUGCCAAAGAGCUGCAAGUGCCGGGUGUUCAAUAUUGUCGCAGCGUAUUGCUAGUCCGAACGCCCCCAGUGAGCCUGUCAUUGUAAAUGGAAGUGAGAGUGCACGAAUCAGCGUUUCUACUACAAGUGGCCGCCGAUACUUAGCUAACAAUCGUGAUGAAAAUUGGCCUGUCAAGGUCACGAUACACCAGAUCAACCACGAGGACAUGACAUUAUCCGGCACUAUGGAGGCCUACAACAUUCCCGAUAAGACCUCGCCCACCCACGACGCACACAUUGUGACUUUCUUGGAGGGCGAGAUCAUCGAUUUCAACAAUCACACGCUGGCGACAAAGAACUUCAAGGCAGAUGCAGACAUUGAUAGCACAUACUGGCGUGAACUGCAGCCGUUUAAGGAUCUGACAGAUGCUGAGAUGGCCCGGAAUCUUGUGAAUCGGAAAUGGAUUACCGAGGAAUUGUCUCAAGGAUGGAUCUUGAUGAGAUGGAAGGAGCGAUGCUUCAUCACCCCAACAGAUGCUCGUCAAGGUCUUACUAUUUCCGGAUUCUACUACAUUUCUCUUCGCCGUGAGGACGGACACAUCGAAGGCCUGUACUAUGACCCAGGAAGCUCGCCUUACCAGCAGCUCUCUCUAAAUCCAGAAGUAUCGAAAAUGGUUCGCCCUUCUUACGCCUUCCGCUGA